AUGGGGAUGGCUCUUAGUUGUGUGGCCAUGCCCGCUGUGUCUUGGGUCGGGUCAAUUCUGGCAUCAUGCUUCUCUGCUGCUGUUUGUUCUCUAGGAUGUAAAUCUUGUAAUUGUAACAACUCAAUAGCGACUAGAGUUGGAUUCGCGAUCAUAUUCUUGUUGAAUUCAAUGCUUGCAUGGCUAAUGCUAUCAGAUUGGGCUAUAAAAAAACUAGAAUCAAUAACUUAUGAGUAUCUAAAGCUAAAUUGCCCCGAAGGGACAUGUUAUGGUGUUCUUGCGGUACAUCGGAUAUGUUUUGCACUUAGUCUUUUCCAUUUUCUAUUGGGAAUUUUAGUAACCGGCGUUUAUGAUACACGCGAUAAACGCGCUUCCAUCCAAAAUGGGUGGUGGGGUCCAAAAAUUUUGCUAUGGAUCACUUUACUCAUAGCAUCUUUUUUCAUUCCAAAUGAAUUUUUCAUGUUCUGGGGUAACUAUGUAGCGUUAAUUGGUGGUUCAAUUUUCAUCUUGUUUGGUUUAGUGCUGUUAGUAGACUUUGCUCACUCAUGGGCGGAAAUGUGUCUCGAAAAAUCGGAAGAAGAUGAUAACGAUAAGUGGAAGAACAUUCUUAUUGGAUCAACACUUGGAAUGUUUCUGGGAGCUAUCGUGUUGACUGGAUUGAUGUACGGUUUUUUCGCCGGAAAUGGAUGUAGUCUCAAUCAAUUUUUUAUCACUUUCAAUUUUAUUCUUUGCCUGAUUGUUACUGUUACAUCUGUCCAUCCGUCAGUCCAAGAAGCAAAUUCGCGCUCUGGUUUAUCACAAGCAUCGAUGGUAGUAAUCUAUGCUACCUACGUAAUAUUGAGCGCGGUGGCUAACGAGCCCGAUGAUCAAAUGUGCAACCCUUUGACACGUAGUCGUGGAACACGUACAACGACAAUAGUGUUAGGCGCGUUAUUUACGUUCCUAGCACUUGCGUUUUCUACGUCGAGAGCUGCAACUCAAGGCAAGGCAUUAAUCACUAAAUCGGAUUAUCUUCCUUUAAAUACUGUAUCUGCGGUUCCAUUGACUGACCAGCCAAACGAUUCUUCUACCAACGUGCGCUCGGACGCACUGUUGGCGGCUGUUGAAAGUGAUGAUGAAUUAGUGAGAAUUGGGCAAAGUUAUACCGCUGUCUGGGUUAAAGUUGUUUCAAGUUGGUUAUGUUUAUCGAUUUAUGCAUGGACACUUCUAGGCCCUGUGUUCUUUCCUGAACGAUUUGUAUUAGACGAGCAAUCGAAAUGGACGAUCGUGGCUAUUUGGCUAAUUCUGGCUGAAACUAUCACGGCAAAUUACGGUAACUUGAGCUUUAUGCGCGCCGCACCUGAUCACGAUAACAAACCAGAAAAUUUACUCCUCGUUACAAGUCAACAACAUUCACAAGAAAUUACAACGAACGGCACCGCCAACUCCAAACCUCCAGCAAAUCUUAAACCGUGUUGCGCAUGCCCGGAUACCAAAAGAGUUCGCGACGAGUGUAUAUUCGCGAAAGGUGAAGAACAUUGUAAGGAUUUGAUUGAAGCUCAUAAGGCGUGUAUGCGUAGCUAUGGGUUUAAUGUAUAG